AUGAGGCUCCCGAUUUUCCGUUUGCCUCCGCUCCGUUUCGUGUCCACUCCGUUGGCCUCGUUGCGGCUCUUUCGCUCUCUUCUCCCGUCCAGCCGCUCGACGGAAUUCGCGCUGGCAGCAGCAGCGGCAGCCACCCUCCGCUGCGCCAUCCGCGGGUCGGACGCCGGCGGGUCAGAGGUCGGGGGGGCGACUCCCGGGCAAGGGUCGGAGGUCGCGGGGGAGGUGGCGGCGGCGGGGCCGCCCGCGCGGCCGAGCGAGGCGACGUCGCGGUGCGCGCUGGCGCCGGCGCCGGCGCAGGAGGAGGAGGAGGAGGAGCAGGAGGCGUCGCGCCCACCGCCGCUCGUGGCGGUGGCCGCGCUGGUGGACAAGUGCGUGGGCACCGACCCCGUCGUCGCCACCGAGGGGACGCGGCGGCGCCACGCGCCGGCGCACGGGGAGCCAGUCGACGGCUGCGAAGAGGAGGACGAGGAGGAGCGGGAGAACGAGACGGAGGAGAACGAGGUGGAGGAGGAAGAGGGGGGGAAGGCGGCGGUGGCGGGAAGGAGGGGACGUCCGGGAGGAGACGAUGAAGAUGGCGGGGACGAGGAGGAGAGCGGGGCCACCGGGCGCCAGCGCUUCUCCGACCUCGAGCGCCGCUUCUCCGAGCUCAGCGACGGGUACCGCCGCGCCCGCGAAGAGCGUGCGGCGUCGGCGGCCGAGGCGCGGAGCCUGCGCUCGGAGCUGGCGUCCCUCGGGGAGCGGCUCGGCGAGGCGCGGGCCGAAGCCGACCGCCUGCGCGCCGAGCUCUCGGACGGGCGGCAAAGCGGGCGAGACGGCGGGCGGACCCUGGAGCGCGCGACGGCGCUGCUGGGGGAGCGCGACGUGGCGCUGGCCGCGGGGGAGGACGUGGCCCGCCGAUUGUCGGCACGCGUCCAGGAGCUGGAGGCGGAGCCGCUCCGGCGGACGGCUCGGGAGGAGGCGGCGGCGGCGGCGGCGAAGGCGGCGGCGGAAGGGAAAUCGCAGGCGAAGGGCGCCAGCGAGCUGGAGCGGCUGGAGAAGACCAGGGUUGCCCUGGAGGCCGAGGUGGAGACGCUGGGGCGCAAGCUGUCCGUGCUGUCGGCGAACCACGAGAAGACGAGCUCCGAGGUGUUCCGCGUGCAGCGCGAGGCGCUCUACAUGAAGACGGAGCGCGACGCCGCGUUGGCGCACGCCGACGCGGCCCAGCGCCGCAUGGCCGCCCUCCUCGCCCGCGCCGAGCCCUCUCCCUCCCCCUCCUCUUCCUCCUCCUCGUCCGCCGCCCGCCGCACCGACUCCCGCUCCGUCACCUUCCACGAGCCGCCGGCGCCGGCGAAAGGGAGCGGUGGGACGAGGGGCGACGCGGCGAGAGAGAAGGACGGGCGGAUCAAGGAGCUGCAGGAGGAGGUGAACGAGCUCCGUCGGACCCUCCGAGGGGUCGUUCCUCCGACUGCGGCCACCGCCGCCACCGGCGCCACGCCGCCGCCGCCGCGGCGGUCCGGCGAUCCGAGCCGCGAGGGCCGCCCGGGCCGGCAGGUCGCCGAACUGCUGGCUCAGAUUGGGCAGCUGCGUCGGCAGAAGGAGGAGGAGGAGAGAGUUCACAAGGAGGUGGUGGACACCUAUCGAGCUCACCUGAUGUGCGCCGUGCAGGGCUGCAUGGACGAGGACGUCUACUCCUCGCUGGUGCACAUCGUGCGCAUGUCCCGACCCUCCACGCCCGUCCACAGGCCCUGACCGCGCCUCACCGCCCGCGGCCCCGCGGCCCCCCCGGCGAAGGGGCCUCGCCCAUCGUCGCCCAACGCCUCGACUGGGCCUGAGCAGGGACGGGCACUUUUUUUUUGUUCCCGGCGUGAGCGAGCAGAAUGGUUUGCUUAUCCUCCGGCAAUGCCGCGGUGUUUUUUGCUCCCCCCCCCCGGCUUAGCUAAGCAGUGCGCCGCUGGUUCGAGGCGAACGGCGGAAUGGCAGCAAAAAGUGGAGGUGGUGGGCGGGGGGGGGGGGGGGUUAGGUGGGGGGACGCUCUCGGGUGCGGGCGCUCAUCAACGAGUCGGCACGGCACGUGGGCGGCGGGACGCGGCGACGGCUCGGGGGAAGCCGUCCAGCAGUGGAUUGACCACGGCUGACUAACGACGAGCUGUUCAAGUGGGUGAGCUUUGGGCAGUAGCUUGUUUGCCUGCCGGGAGGGAUGACGGCCGACGGACGAGACUCGUGGCGGCCCCCGCGGAGACGUCCCCAGCGGAGAUGGAGCGAGGGGAUCGGCUCGCGUGCCGUGGGGGCAGGGGGGGGGAGGGGGCGGGGCUCGACGGAUCGGCGGCACACCGCGUGGCGGUGACGUCACAGCUGGUUGGAUCGCACGACGACUUUUGCCACCGAUUCCGGGUCGAGCGUCUUUAUCCAUGAACCGGCUCGCGUCGUCGUCGGAGG